ACUUUGGUCCGCCAUAUUUCUCUGUCGUCGUGCGCGGUGUGUGCUGCAUCUAGCUAUUCGAGAUCUCACAAUUUAGUUCCUGCCUUUUGCUUGUUUGUGUAUUCUACUGUCUUCUAUUCACGAGUCCUACUAUGGCUGAUCGUAAUCCUAUUAUGUUUGGUCCUGAAUGGCUACGGAAGUUGGCACGGGAGCGUAGUUUAACCAGACCAAAUAAUCCAAAUGCUACAGGGCCUAGGCCUAUACUGGCCAGUGGUAUGUCUGGAAAUCAAACAUCUGGUUUUGGUCUUGGCACAUCGUCUUCUGGGACAUCCAACACAACAGGAGUAGCAGUAACUACACAGAGUCAGAUAAGAGAAAAUGUGUCAAGUUCAGGAGGUUUGGGGGCUACUGCAGUACUCACACCAUCAGGCAAUCAAAACAGACACAACACAUCAAAUUCAGGUGCAGCAGGAGCCACAGCCAUACCAGGCCCAUCAGGAAGUCAAAAUAGACAAAAUGCUUCAAGCUCUGGUGCGUCUGCAAACUUGGCUUUGCCUAGUACAUCUGGAUGUCAAAACAGAAACGCAACUAACAAUCCACCACCUAAAGUAUUACUAGCAAAAUUGAGGUAUGGCAGGGAGGAGAUGUUAGCUCUGUAUGACAGAAAUGUGGAUGCACCAGAACAACUUAAAUAUUUUGAUUUACUUUACCAACCCCGGGGAAAAGUACCAUUUGCAUUAAAUACAUUUGAAGAGGAUCAUAAUUUGCGGGAAGGAAUCCGCGGUGGUCCACCAAAUAGUGGACCUUUACUAGGCGAAAGGUUUGGUGCCACUCGUGGUGCAACUCGAGGUUUAUUGAGUAACACCACUAGACGCAUUCCUUUUGUCCGACAGUUAUCUAAUGGCAGAGGUUGGCAUAGUCAGAAACCUAGGCUACCAGGAUUCAGUGCUGGUUCGCCAGAUGAUGAAACACCUACUUUACGAUCUUGGAACUCUAGCAAUGGAGCCGGACCGAGCAGGGCAACACCAACAGAACAAGCUGAAUGGGCCCAAAAUAAAUUAUUCCGGAAUAGACGACAAGUUCACAAUACUAAUUGGAGGCAAUCGGCCAGAGAAGAAGGCGAUGAAUGGCGAAUGAAUGAGGCAGCAGGAAGUAGACCACCAAACCAAGAGCGUGAAUGGCCAGAAAGAUCACAAUCAUGGGGUACAAAUCGGCGCCCAUGGUCCGACAACCAACAUAGUGAUGAUUUACCAGAAUGGGCUAUUGAUAAUCCUGAGGCAGGAGCUGGAUCAUUUGAUUCAUCAGGGGCUUUCCAUGGCUACAGCAAUGAUGACUCCAACUUACCGAAAUCCCAAGAAGCGCCAUAUCAGCUGGCUCGAUCUCAUACACAUUCGUCAUUCGCUCGAUCUAAAACCGCAGAAGAAGGUUCAGAGGAAUGGUGGGCUUCAGAGAAAGCUAAAAAACUCUCGCCUAAACGUUUCCCCCCGGGCGAUUUAAAAUUUGAGAAGACCUCAAAUCAAUCGGACUCAAAUGAAGCCGGUACAAGUGCGCGCAAUAGACCUAUGGAUUUGGAUGAUCUUCAGCAAAUUCCUGAAAAAUUGGAAAGAGGCCCAUCACCAGAUCAAAAAAACAAAGCUGCAGAGGAUUCUAAGAACCAAUAUGCGGAGAGUAAAACAUUUGAUGCCCUGAUGCGAUCUGAUAUAGACAUUGCCGAUGCUAAUGAUGACCGGAGCAAUUUUCAAUCAGUCAUGAUAACACCUAACAAUAGUCUACGACAGAAACAUCAGAAUAUAGUAACAUCUACGUCUGAUGCAUCAAAUCAACAAAAUAUAAAUCCUGGUAUCCUACAGAUGUUCCAUGGUAUGCCGCAUGGAAAUGAGAAUGAGACCCAAUCUGCUGAAGAAAGAAUUGUGGAGGAUUUGUUUGAAAUGUCUCUCUUAGAUGAACCAAACAUGCCAUUAAGAAAUAUUACAUCAAACAUGUCACAUCAGGCUUCUGGCAAUUUGUGUAUGAUUCCACAAAUGCAAUCACUCAAUACCAACAUCCAGAUGGGGCUCACCAACCCUGCACUGCAAAACCAUGCUAUAAUCAAUUCUGCACCUAAUAUGUCUAAUCCAGCCGCACAAGGCAAUAUUCAGAAUAUUGGGAUGCCCAAUUCAGUAUUGAACUCUACACUGGGACUACCAAUGGGUGGUGCUAACAAUGGUAUGGUGCUACCUUUACAAGGAGUUCUACCGCAGGCCAUGCCCAACGCCCCAAUGAAUCCUGCUAUGAAUAUACCCAUGCCGCAACAUCCCAAUGUUAUGGGCAACUUUCAACAGAAUCCACCCAUUCCUGUUAUUCCAACACCAAAUGUUGCAAACUCAUCACUAUUUUUGGGACAGCAAAAUAAUAAUUCGCAAAUUCCAACACCAAAUGAUAUUAAUCUGCAAAAUCCUGGAGCUCAAAACAAUUUAUUCCCAAUGCAUGGUUUACAACAUGCCGGCUCACAGGCGCCUUUCAACUCAAUCUAUAGUAACAUAAUGCCUCCAACAAAUCAAAAUAAUCCUCCCACACCAAAUAUGGCCGAUCAGUGGUAUUAUGAGGACCCAGAGAAAAUUAUACAAGGGCCAUUUUCGUCAAAGGAGAUGUUUAGUUGGUACAGGGCAGGCUUUUUCAACUCUGGUUUAAUGGUGCGCAGAGCGUGCGAUACUCAUAUGCGCCCACUCGGUUCUUAUGGACCUAUAGUGCCAUUCGCUCAAAGGGAAAUUAUGUCCUCAUAUCCCAUACCUGGAUUUGAGCCACGCCCGCAGCCCGCUCGAGAAAUGAUAAACCAACACGCAGGACUAGGGAUUGAUGAAUCUUUAUGGAGUCAGCCAUCUACAUCUCAGGAUUUAAUAUGGAUGCAAUCGGCACACCGCCCCAAUCCCAGGGUUAAUAACAACCUGGCGAUGUUCUUUUGGGAGUCACAGCCAUCAGCCAUUCCUACAAAUUCUAUCUUGCCCGAAGAUAUCGCCAAGGAGAUGAAAACUGAAGACGAGAUUUUAGCGCAACUGCGUGCGUCUCAAAAUAUACCGGUCUCACAGCCUUCGUUCAUUAAUGAUUCAGCCCCCGCGGCAGCCAGUGCUACUAACAGCGAGGUCCCAUUUCCCAAAGUUCCCGCCACACCGGAUCUCGUAGAACUACAAAAGUUGAUGCAACCAGAAGUUAAAAAGAAUACACAAACCCCUACUGAAGUGAACACUGAAAAAGACACGCCCAUGGACAAAGGAAUGAUUAAAUCUGAGAAAGAGGAAAAAGUUGACUCACCUGUCGAUGAGAUUAAUAAUGCGAAGCAACAACUUACUCCGGUUAAAACUGAGUCAAAAGGCCAAAAACUCGCAAAGAAUGACUCUGAAAAGAAUGUUAAAACUAAAGAAAAUAAUGUCACAAAACCUAAAAAUAAGAAAGCAAAGGAUGACAAGAAGGAUGAUAGCAUUGAAUUAAAGUCUAAGGAUGACGAUGCUAACAAACUUGCGAAGAGGUCUGUGGAAUCAUCACCAUCAAAGACUAAGAAGGAAGAAAAACAAAACAAGAAAGAAAUUGAAAAGGAGAAAAGGGAAUUGGUGAAAGACGGUUUCACUAUGGUAAAGAGUACAGAGAAAUCUAACAAUAAGGACGUAAAAAAGAAAGCAGACGAGGCUAAGGCUGCAGAAGAAGCUGAGCGUAAACGGAAAGAAGAAGAGAAAUUAGCACUCGAUGAAGAAAAGAAAAAAGUAGCUGCGGCCUCCAAAAAACAACAGGAAAUUCAACAACAGAAACAAGCAGCCGAGUCGGUGGCGAAGAAAGCUCCAUGGUCCGCAGUGGCCAAUCAAGCAACGGCCACUAACAAGGAUGGGUUAACCUUAGCCGAAAUACAGAAAAUGGAGCGUGAGAAAAAGUUGGAGCAAAUGAAGGAACAACAACAGAUGAUGCAGAUUAUCGCACAGCAACAAGCUGCUACGUUGGCUCGAGAACAGGAGAUGCAAGUUGGUCUUGGCUGGGCUAAAAAGAAGAAUACAAAUCCUAACACACCGGGACAAAGCUUAGCUGAGAUUCAGGCGGAGGCUCGGAGGCAGUCUGCGGUCGCUGCGCUGGCAGCGGUCGCGGCGCAGGCGCUGGAGGAGGCGCCGGCGCCCCUCCCCAACCCGUUGCCGUGGGGGAAUAGUGCUAAUGGUGGCUUCUGGGACACUCAACCGAUCCAACCGGCCAAGCCGGAACCCGUGAAGCCGGAGCCGCCUAAACCAGUGGACAUCAACAAGAAUAAGCUCAAAGUGACGAUCGCCGUCAACGCUCAGGCCAAGAAGGAGACCACGCCGGCCAUGGAGUUUGAGACCUGGUGCUCGCAGGCUUUAGGUUCUUGGAGCUCUAAAAUUGAUGUGCCGACCUUUGUAGGUUUUCUGAAGGACAUAGAGUCGCCGUAUGAAGUGAAGGACUAUGUAAAGUGUUAUCUCGGUGAAUCUAAAGAUUCCAGUGAUUUUGCCCGGCAGUUCCUCGAGAGAAGGUCGAAACUUCUUCGCGUCGGAAUGGUAACACCGUCCGACGAUCUCUGCUCGCCUGCGCUCGCUAUAAAUCCCCGCAACACAUCUACGUCGGACUAUCAGGAAGUUAAGGGCAAAGGCAAGAAAACGAAGAAGAACAAAAUGAUGAAGGUGGACGCGCGUAUCCUCGGCUUCUCAGUAACAGCCGCCGAGGACCGGAUCAACGUGGGCGACAUCGACACCGCCUGAUCCCGCCAGCCCCAAACCAACUCGCCUUGUGAUAACCCUUCGGGGGCUAAAUAACUUUAUCUCGUAUUCAACAGCGCAACAUGGUAUCCAUCGUUCCCUGUCCCCUCUACCGACGGCUUGAGCAAUCGAUAUAUAUGUAAAGUAACGUACACGGUUAACGUUCGUGCGACUCAUUCGCGGGAUUGCGUGUGAGAUUAGUGAUAACCGGUCGUCCUGUCUCUGUUUGCGUGCAUCUGGUUCAAUGGGUCGCAGUUACGUGCGGGUACGUUGCCUCGUGUUAGUCCGCGGGGAAAGUAGCUCCGUUUUUGUUUUUUUUUUAAUUAUAUUUUAAACUUUAAACGUUUUGCGUGGCUUUUUGUGUUUUUAAAUGCCAUGUGAAAAGUAUCCUCAGUAAUUGGAAUAACGUACGUGCUUACAAUGAAGCUCUUUCUAACAACUGUCAAUAUUAUUUCAAACGCUUUUAAAAGUUGUUUUAUAAUCAACUUUUCAUAAGCUGCUGAACUUAUUUUUUUUUUUGAAAAUUAUUGCUCUUAAAACGACAGAUUUUUUUAUUAUAUUUAUCAAACAAUGCUGAAGGUAUUUCGACACUUAUUUAAAGGCAUUUAUUAACCGAUAAAGUCAGUAUUAUUUGUUAAAAUGCAUUACCGCUUAAUUGUGUUAAACUUAAUUAACAGACAAAAAGCUUAUUAAUUUAUACUUUUACCAUAUUAAUCAUAAGCGUGAUUUGCAUUAGUGAUUCAACCUUUCAAAUGCUUAAUAUAUAUAUUAUCCGGUUCAAAUGCUGUUCACAUACGACCUUUUCGAAAUGCGUUGCGCGAAAGAAGUUUCAUUCGACACGUGUGUCGUGCUUUCCCAACACCGUUGCAAUUCGAAAAGGCCGUAAGUGAGUCGCAUUUAAACAUAGUAUUUACGUAUUAUAUCAUCGUGCUCAAUUCGUCGGUUUCGAUUCCGCGUUGUUUGCAUGUCAAUUUUUGAUAACUAGGUUACAUUUCGCCAUAUUUUUAAAGUAAUUCGAUAAGUGCAUGUAUUUGACUUCCUUUCGACGGAGCUGAGCGCAUGAACAAUUUUGAAGUGUUCACUUCGCGGCAUAAUAAAUAUAAUUUAAAUGUAAUAUAGUGCGUGUCGCUCAUCUCCCAAGAGAUGCGGGUCGAGAAUUACGUGUUUUGUGUGCCUUCAUACUGGCCAUGGUACUAAAAUAUGCACUGUGUUUUACUGUAUACAAUAUGAUAAAAAUACUUGCAGGCUCAACACUUAACAAUGUUUCGCGUGAUAUCUCUUAAGUGCAUAAUACUCGUCGAUGACAUUUACGUCAAUUUCAAUAUCACACUUUUACAUACUUUUAAAUGAUAGGAUUUCGUGAUUACAAUAAUUAGGUCAAUUUUGAUGUAGCGUUCACUAUACAUUGAUUAAUUUUUAAAUUAUAAAGGGAAUAGCGUUAAACUAAAUUCAGAAACCUGUGAAACAGCUCUGUGCAAUAUUAUACAUUUUAAUUAACAAUUUUGUGAUGUUAAAUAAUAAUAAUAAUAUUAAUACAGUAUCAUUGGUUUACAAAUAUAGUCUUCCAUUUUGACACAGACAAAUUAAAUGUAGAAUAGCCAUCUUAUAGAUAAAAUAACAUGUUUGAUAUUCGCUAUAUAUAUAUCGCAGGCAAAUGUAUAAUUCGGCCGUUUGCAUACGCGUACGCGUAUUGCGUCGACAGUUUACAAACGCUGUUUGCUAUGUAAUAUGCCGAAGGCAAAAGAAUAUAGUAAUUAAUAUCCGUAUUUCUACUUUGUUAAUAUUAUUGCCCAAUAACACAAUGACAUACAAAAUAUUUAAAAGAAAAAAUGUCACAAAACAAAUCAAGAAUAAUAAUUAUAGGCGGCUUUCGGGAAAAGAAAAAUGUUGUCGAAGAACUUGAUGCACAUCUGAAUACUUUGGCUUUAUUUAGCCGGUUUUCAUAAGCAUUUGCAGAAUCCUUGUCUGGAAUCAUUAGAAACAGCUUCUCUUGAGAAUAUCAGACUUUGGGAAAUUUCUCGUAGAUAGUUAUUUGACUGUGUUUUUAAUUCUCGUUGGUCAAACCAGUUUUUUAUGUUACCUAUAUAUGCCAAUAUGAUAAACUACUUGUCUUGUGUUCAAUACUUUACCCGAUAUUUUUGUAGCAUCUAUGGGACAUCUAGCAAUGUUUUGGAAGUUAAAAAAAACGCUAUCUCCAAUGUCUAGGAAUGUUUUAAACAAGUAGCAUUUACACUAUUUUUGGUUACUUUAUGUGUCCUAAAUCAUUACUAGACCCCAUUUUGUUUGUAUCGGUCAUAAAUUUCAAAUGAUUAGGAAUAACAUGUAUUGAAUUUUGUCUUCGUCAUAUUACAUAAUAGCGUUUGUAAAAUAAAGACUCCGCAUGGAAACGGUGAAAUUAAAUAGUUUGCCUGCGACAUACAUACUAUGGAUUUUUAAAGAAUAUUAUUAACUUGUCACGGCGGAUCUCGGACUCUACCGAGUCGGUUUUAAUCAACAUUUAUUUGGUUCGAAUGAAAGCUUUUGCGUCAUAUGAUUCAAUUGUUAAUUUAUAAUGCCUUUUGUUUCAGUAUUGUCUUUCGUUUUUAUGUUUUUGUAAAUCAAUGGUCAUUGUACAUAUAUAUUCUCAAUACAUUUUGUUUUUAGUAUCCUAGCAUGUAUAGCAUAAAUAUAUUUUAUUUCUUAAUUUAUCAACCUUCACACAGUGACGAGAAACGUUGCUUAAAAUAUAAUUUUGUUUAAACGUUACCUAAGAUUUAUUUUUCAGUAACCCGUUUGCAUGCUUAUGUUCUCAUGCUUAUUUUAACUCACUUAAUAUUUAAUCAACUAGGCGUUAAAUCGCGCAUAAUCAUUCAUCACAAAUUGGUUCGAUUGUUUUAAUCAGUGUUUCAUUAAACAUCAAUUUAUUUAACGCAACAUUGUCAUAAUUUAUAUUAUCUUAGUCUUAGCUUUUUUGAUUUAUUUGUGUGGUAAAAAACUUAAUAAUGUAGUUGUUUUAAAAUCAGUUUUAUUUAACUACUAAAUAUGUAAUGUGUCUAAUCAACUGUUGAUUUUAUGAUUCAUAUAAGUAAUGUUUAUUUGAAGUUUGCUCAUGUCCAUAAUUUGCAUUUUUAAGUCACUAGUCCUAUGCUCACAAACACCAACAAGAUAAGCUUAACAUUUCAGCUUUAAGUAUAUUGGUACUGCAAUAUAUUUGUGUACUUCUAGCAGAAUUUUCUCCGGGCUCUUAAAACAACAAUAAUUUCGUAGCAACUAAUGUUUAAUUUGAUUUUAAUAAAACAUACUGAUAAAAUGAUUGAGACGAGUUUCUGAACUGUGUACUUGUUUACGAUGCAUUUCAAUUCAAAUAGUACAUAAUACGAUUUGAAAAUUUCGUUUUGUGUCUGCCCAAUAAUUAUUAAAUUGUCAUAGCAUUUGUAGAUGUAUAUUGUGCCGUCAAUUCUUUCUAUGAAAAUAAAAUCACACGUAAAAUACGGUAUCAAUGGCUCUAUGAUGUUUUAUAUUCAAUUUAUUAUUUUCAUUAACUUUCUUGUAUCCAUCCGCAUUUUAUUUGCAUUGAUUUUUAUGUGUUUGUAAACGAGUUGUCGAGAUUGUCAGUAAUAUAAUUCAAUCAAUUUUGAACUACAAAUUACAAUACUAUAAUAGAAAACGUGUAAUAAAUACCCUUCAUUUAUUGCCCUGAAUCAGUAUAGUUCAGAUGUAAACAUAAGAAACUAGUGACUAAACAUAAUUUUAAAAUUUGUGUAUCGAUGUAUUAACGUGUUUAUCUAAAAUUAGUGUAUGUGCAAUCCCUCAAUUUUGAUCAAAGUAUAAUAAUCACCCCUUUCAAUGUAAUUGAUGUGUAGAAUGAAUACUAAAUAACUUUGCGGAUGUGACGGUAUAGCAUCGAGAUUGUCAGCUUGUUAUUGCAGACAAGGGUUGUUAGCUUUGAGCUCGCAUCCGUAAACUUAUUGAAGCCCUUUUGUAAAAUGCGCGGAAGGAAACACCAACGCUAGCGCGGAAGUUUAAAAACAAAACAAUAGGUCAAUUUGUAUAUCGAUGUUAAUAUUAUAUACUUAUUUGUAAAUUCUGUUGCGUAAAUUAUUAUUAAUACUUCGACUAUACCUACUUACAAAUGUACUUGAAGUGUGUAAAAUUGAAGUAAUGUCUCGUAUAUUUGUCAAACACUUUUUGUUAGGUGUAGUUUUGUAAACUAUUUUAAUAUUAAUAUAUAAACAUAAAGGUAACGUAAGUGUUUUUAUUUUAUAAAUGAUUUGUUUUAGAAUCGUUAUUUAUAUGUCUUGUCUAAUUUUACUGAAGCUCUCAUCUAGUGUCGAUCGUCAUGUGUUGAAUAAAAUUCACGAUCAAAUGACAGCGAUGUAAUGAAAAUUUUGUUAACGUUUAAUUGAUACUAGAUUUUAUUCACAAUUCGUUGUAAGGCUGUAUUGCGUGUUGUGAGAAAUGGCGAUAUAACUUAGUAAAAUAGAUUUUUUAAUGAUUUUAUUGAUAUGUUUGUACUAGAUAAUUUCAGUAGCCAGAAUAUUGUGCACCCGUUAUUCCUCGGUUGCAAAUUCUGAUGAGCUUUAUGCUAAGUUGCGUGUAAAAAGUAUUUGUAUAAAAUCACAUUAAGAAGGUGUAAGUGUGUAAAAUGCAGAGUUCUUAAUGGAAUUUUACACUAUUUUUAUAACCUUUACGUGGUAUCUCAAUUAAAAAAAAAACGUAAUUUCUAAAGUUGCAUUUAACCACAAUUAAGCAGACAACGGUGGGAAUAGUCGUGGCAAAUUUUAACAAGAAAUGCAUAUAUUGGCUAUAAUUCCGUAAAUGUAGAAAUAUUCUCACUGGGAAAAAGUCCUUGCCAGGCUAUUCAAGCCAUAUAAAUAUUUUUCGAACCACGUUUCAUGUUGAUUUUAUUUAGUUUCAUUUUUUUUACUAAUUUGCCUUUUACGAUAUAAUUAUUGAAGCAAUAAGUGUAUUUGUCUCAUAUAAAGCUCCUGUGCAUGUUAAAUGGCUCUGUUCUUUUAUUGAAUAUGUACGUGUAAAUAUU